ACCUGCACACCUGCUGGAACUCUGACAGACGUUUUCGUGCUGUUGGUCCUCUGAUCGUAGUCCUUUUGCAGGAUUGUAAACUGUGGUGAAACAACCUUUUCAAGCAGAAGCAAGACAAACAAAAGACCCUUCUGUUUGAUACGACCAUCAUGGAAAGUAACUCAGGAGAAGAUAUGAUCUCUGCCCUUAGUCUUGAUGAAAACCAUGAUUCUUUAUUUUGUUGUUGUGAACCGAACAUUUCUGCACAUGUGAAGGACCACCCAAUGUCCUCCAACACAAAAUUGUUCUCAGUGUUGGCACUGUUGAAUGCCUAUGUUCCCAAUUCCUACCUGAACAUGGAAGAGUGUCGAGAAAUCCUAGGACCGCCUGAUCCCAUCCAUGGAGGGCCUCCCUUUGAGGAUAGAAUGCAGCCGUUUUCCGAGCUCAUCAGAGUAUCUGGCUCAGAGGUACGCCUGAUUCAUCCAGAUGUUGCUGCAAGGUCUGUGGACCUAUUGGCUUGCCUAGGGAUUCCUAGAAGUUCCUUAGCACAGGAGUGUGUGUCUCUGCGUUGUGGAGACGAAGUCCAACCUCACACUGUCCAGUUUGUCAGAGAUUUGUUAACAAGGAGAGAAAUGGGUCCAAAGGGCAAGGAGAAAUUCUCACUGCUAAUUAAAGACAUCAUAGAGAAAGAAACAUUUGAUAAAGCACUCUUGGUUUUGACAAAAGCUUCAAACAAAUUCAAAGACAAACACAUCUUCCCUCAAACGGUUGCUCGGCUGUAUUACAUUGAAGGACGUAGUCCAAACUUCAACGCAGCAGAGAAAUGGGCUAAAGAAGCCAUCAAAAGAGCCCAGAACAACUCAUAUGCUGCAGACACCCUUGGACAGGUGUACAAGAACCAUUUAUUGAGAGGGGCCAACCAAUCCAGUGAGGUGAAGGAAAUGGCUGAGAAGGCCUUCAAGGCGUUCAAAGAUGAAGAGAUGAAAGCUGACAAGGAAUUAGACCCUGAAUUGAGUGAAUACGACGACUGUGCCAACAUUUCCAAUUCGUUCAACAACCGAGGCCAUUUUGGUUUCAUUCAAGUGGCAAAGAUCGUCUCUGAGAAACACAAACAUAACAAUCCAUUAAAGGACACCCUAAAAUUGGAAGUUGAAGACAAGUUUGAGUUUUUUGAAUGGUAUCUCAGCUACUCCCAGCCUGACAGGACAACAGUAGAACCAGAUUACUUUUGGAGAGAUGUUGCCACUUGCUAUCAAAAAUACACGGCGAAAGAUGCAACUGACUCCACCAGCUUCCCAGCUCUUCUCGAUUGCCUGAAUCACGGCCUUUUCGUGUCGAAGGAAAAACGAGCCUUCCAGUCUGGGGUGACUGAGAAAACACGACCACAGUUGGAGCAAACCCGAGAUGAAUUAAAGGCUGCUCAUGAGGAAAAUGUAGAGGAUGUGAAAAUGGCACAGAGGUACAUCCUUUCAAACAUCAUCUUGAACAACAAAGAGACCCACUCUCCUCAACAUGCUUUGGUUAGAGAACUUCAGGCAAUCUUACAGAGGUUUCUGCCCACUGGGGCAAACAGUAGAGACCCAGAGUUUUACCUUUUGGUCCUGCUGUUGUUUUGGCCAGAGGAUCAGUUUCAAGACCAAACUCUAGAGGAAGCAGAUGUAGAGGAGAACAAUACAGGAGAGGAAUCUGAGCAGCCCCCUCCUGGCCUCAUGUAUGAACUUGACAUGGAAAAAUAUGUUGCUUUGAUGGAAAAAGCCUACGAUAAAGUCUACGCCAAGUACCUUCGAGGUCGUUACCUGCUGCCAAUGUUUUUUCUAGGGAAAGGCUCUGGACUUAGCAGAUGGAUCCACAGGUCUAGACUGGACAAGGAGGUGGAGCGCAUGGUGGAAACUCAGCUCGCAAAUGAACCGAGUGACACAAAUAGAAACAAAAUGAAAAUGAAGAUCAUUGAUAUGUGGAGUAGUGGGAAGGUGUGGCAGCUGCCAGAAAUCCAGGAUAUGCUUCAGCCCGUUCAAAUGGAGGCAACGCAAAGUGGAGAAGAUCAUGAAGUGUUUCUUAGUGUCGGUGGGAAGAAAAUAAGAAAAAGUCUGUGCCAGGUUGACCAUGUGUCUGAAUCAAAGCGCUUUUAUCUUGGCUUCAACAUCAAGGGUCCUGUCAUCUUCGAAGUGAAGGAUUAGUGAAACACCUUUGAUUGUCCAGAAAGACACCAUAAUAAAGGUUCAUAUACAACAUACAGCAACAAAACACUGCUGGUGUCAGCACUGGUUUCCGGGAUAGAAAGCAGCAUUUUUAUUUAUUUCCUUAAGUUUCUGAGUACAAAUGGGUCUUUUAAAAGAAAGCAGUCUGUGGAUAUUAUAACCAGUAAUGGAUGAAUCAGGGGCGGUGGAGGAUUACGGUACAUUUAAAAAGCUCACUGGUCUGUUUUCAGCUUUAUUCUGCAAACUUCAUGUUGGAUCCUAUUACUGUGAUCAAAUAUGUUAAUUACAGUGUUUUAAUGGUGGAAGCAAUAUUAAUCAACGGUCUGGGAUUCUCUGAUAUCAUUAAAAGAACAUGAAUGAAUUAUAUUGAAUUAAAUUUUUCUUUCUCCUUGUUUCUGUUGUUUUACAUGCAAACAUAAAGAUUGAUAUUCAAAUAAAUUAAGAAUGAUUAAAAUGAUACCUCCAUACAAAUGCUUACUGAAAAAACAAAUUUAUCAAAGUCUAAUAAAAAAAAAAUGCCACAAUG